AUGGCUGACAUUACGAGGACAUUUACUCCAGUCGUCGUCUUUCCAUCAACUGAAGCUCGACCUGAUUCAUCCAGUCGGGUUCGAAGUGCGUCUACUCGUUCAGGAGACGCUCGAUCUCCAGCAAGACCUCGUGUAUCGUCAGCAGUUUCAACAAUUGAAAGUGACGGACAAUCAAUUAAUGCCGAAGAUGAUUCAGACCUUGAUUUGAAAGCAGCAUUAAGCACACCGCUCAAAGGAGUUAAUAUCGUUGAUUUGAUCAAUAAUAAAAUAGCAAAACUUGACCAGACAUUGAAAUCUGUUGAUAUUCCGUCGACAAGCAAAACAUUCAACAGUAAUGCGUCAAUUUCAUCUACGGCACUCAAAGAGAAAGCUGUACAAAUUGCUCAAUCAAGACGUCAAGUACAACAAUUUGCUGGCGUUCUCGCAUUGAAAUCGGUGUUUCAAGAUCAAAUUCCAGCUGCUGUAAAGGCAAAAGAUGUGGCGAAUGAACAAGAGCAAUCGACACUUUUAGAAGUCUAUCAGUUUCCAGGUUUUGAGGAAAAUCAUAUUACUCCACUUCCAUUUAACGUUGCUCUCGAACGAAAUGUGAUGGUGCAUGUUUUGCCAAAACAAUAUGUUCUUUCAAAACAAGAUAUGUUUUGGUGGAUAUUUAUAGAAACAUAUCAAAAUUUACCAAAAGUACAAAAGAAAUUAUUAGAACGGGCUUCUAAUAGUUAUGUGGCUUUAUUGAUGAUGGAAUUAGAUCUUCGAUAUCGUGAUAAAUGCUUUCAGGUUUAUCCAUCAUUAUUAGCUGAAACCGUAUUUGCAUGUUUCAAAGCUUGUUUUCCUCAAUCAAUCAAACAAAUGCCUGAUUUUUAUGAUAGUGAGAAGAAGACAACUGCAAACCAAAAUAAAUCCAAAUCAUUGGAUAUGGAUGAAAAUAUGUUAACUGAGAAACGAAUUAAGCAACUUGUAGAUUUAGAUCAAUUUAAAAAUGACAUAUCAAAUAUUUGUCAACUGUGGACAGGUGGUCUACCCGCACUACCUCGAAAAUAUGAACAAUGGCGCUCAAAAAUAGUUCAUCAAGAAAAAAUAUCAUUUGAAACAGAAACUCAGACACAAAUAACAACUAAUACGAGCUCAUCUCAACAAUCGACCCACGGUGGAUCAUCGGUCCUAACAACAAGUCCAUCAAAGCCUGGAACUGAAAGUACAAUAUCUUCUCAUAUAACAUCAAAACGAAAAAAACAACCACAAGAAGUAUUACGAGAUAUUUAUAAACAUACCAAUGAUCCAUUACCAGAUCGUCGUGUAAUAUUUGAAGACUAUCUAUUUGAUUUAAAUGGUAAUAGUCCAUUAACAGAAAAAUUUCUACGUUCAAGUCACAUGUUAAAAAAUGCUGGUUUACAACUUUACAUUCCACAUACACAAAUAACAAAAUAUCCACCAAAACAUUUGGAAACAUAUGAUGAUGAGAUUGAAAGAGCGGCUAAAAUAUGUCGAAUGGUCAGAGCAGAAAAACAAAGAGAAAAAGCUAAACAAGAUACACCACGUUCUACAAAACCAAAAGAAAUUUCAGUUUCCAAGCCUCAACAUAACGAAAAUUUGAAACAGAAACAGAUACGUUCAAUGUCACACACGAAAACAAUGACUACUCGAAGUGGUGAACUUUAUUCAAUAUCUCAACUUUCGUUAAAACAUAAAUGA